AAUCACAGAGUUACAAUGGACAUUGUACCCGACAGAAAUACGCCUGUACCCCAACUGAUUGUUCAGUGGGCAUAUACAGGGAUCCGUUUAGCUUUGUCCUGCGCCGGGGUAACAGUCGGGUUUGUUACUUUUUUCGAAGUUCUAAUAGUGCUUCUUCGACCUGACAUUGUCGACAAGGAUAAUAGAGCACGCAUCGUUCCAACGGUUGAACUGCUGGACCAGUACGACUUUGUAGUAAUUGGUGCAGGAUCCGCAGGAGCUGUACUUGCCAACAGAUUAACGGAAAAUAAAAACUGGACUAUCUUGCUACUAGAGGCUGGAGGUGAUGAAAGAGUCAUUUCUGAUGUACCUGUAAUGACUUAUAAUCUUGUGAACACUGAUAUGGACUGGAAAUUCAAAACUGAAUCUUCUUCGGGCUAUUGUAAGGGCAUGGUCGACAAUCAAUGCCACUGGACCAGAGGAAAAUCACUUGGAGGAUCCAGCAGCCUUAAUUACAUGCUAUACGCACGUGGAAAUCGAAGAGAUUACGACAACUGGAGGGAUUCGGGGAAUCCUGGAUGGGGAUACGAUGACGUUUUACCGUAUUUUAAAAAGGCAGAAAAUAUGACGAUUCCCGGUCUCCGCGAAUCGCCUUAUCACGGUACCUCUGGCCCUCUUACAGUUGAAAAUCCAAGGUAUGAACACCCGAUGCAAGGAUACUUUUCGAAUGCCAUAUCUGAAAUGGGCUACCAUGAGGUGGAUGUGAACGGCAAGACGCAAACUGGAUUUAACCGGCCGCAAACCACUACUAGAAACGGCCUUCGAUGCAGCACGUCGAAAGCCUAUCUGCGAUCCACAGCUGAUAGGAGAAACCUACACAUUAGUACGAAUUCUCUGGUCCAUAAGAUUCUCAUCGAUAAAACGACAAAAACAGCUUACGGAGUUGAAUUUGUCCGAGAAAACAUGAGGCACAUUGUUCGUGCAAAAAAAGAGGUAAUACUCUCAGCGGGCGCGAUUCAAUCGCCUAAACUGCUAAUGCUCUCAGGAAUAGGACCCAAAGAUCACCUGGAAGAGGUUGGAAUUAAGGUUAUUCACGACAGCCCAGGAGUCGGGCAAAAUCUUCAGGAUCAUAUCAUGAUUGGUGGGCUUACUUUUUUGAUUGAUGCACCGUACAAUCCAUCUACGACAACUCUAGCGGACGUAACGGACUUUGUGGUAAAAAGAGAGGGUCACCUAUACGGUACAGGCUUCUGCGAAAUAUUGGCUUUCGUCAACACCAGGUAUGCCAACAGUUCUAUCGAUUACCCGGACCUUGAAUUAUUUCUUAGUUCAGCCGCUCAAAAUGUAAACGGUCAAGUUAUUAAAAGUAUUUUUGGUCUCAGAGACGACUUUUACGCAUCCUUAUUUUCGAAUAUAAUUGAUAAGGAAGCUUACAGUGUGCUAACAGCACUGAUACACCCGAAGAGUAGAGGUUACAUCAAGCUGAGAGGCAAUAAUAUCACAGAGCAGCCAAUCAUAGUUCCAAAUUAUCUCGACCACCCGGAUGAUCUGGAUGUUUUGGUAGAAGGGAUCUUUUUUGCCUACAACCUCAGCCAAACCUCAACUAUGAAGAAAUUGAAUGCGCGUCCCAAUCCCAAUACGAUCCCGGAGUGCGCACACUUAAAUUUUCCGUCCCGUGAUUAUUGGCGUUGCUACGUACGAUUUUUCACGUUGAGCGUUUAUCAUUCCACUUCCACUUGUAAAAUGGGCCCAACUGACGAUAAAAUGGCUGUAGUAGACGCACGCCUUAGGGUCCACGGUGUGAACAGUCUUCGGGUUGUAGACGCCUCAAUUAUGCCAACCAUAGUAUCUGGGAACACCAACGCACCAACUAUCAUGAUCGCCGAAAAGGCCGCGGAGUUUAUCAAGAAAGAUUGGAAUCCCAUCUUUUCCGGUGGGUGCAAGACUUCGAAUGUCAAAGCUUGGGAAAACAUUUUUCCAACGUUGCAAAGCUACGCUCACGCAUGAAAUUGAGAAGGACCGCCAGUUCGGACGAUGAAUUGACGACCAAAGGAGUCUUUGAAAAUGCAUUGUCCCGAUGGUGCAAAAUCCCUGCAUCGUUAUUACUGUUCAGACGCGGACCACCGGCAAGAAUUUGUCAGUAAGCAUGCCACGCGUAUUUGAAUACGGUGGAUUCAAUAUAAAAACAUUCUGCAAUUCUGCCACAUGGAAAUUUUUUUACUCGCAGCGACGGUCGUUCCAAGUUUUGUGCAUUAGAGUUUUUGUGUAAUCAGGAUUUUGAGUUUUCAGAAUUUGGCUUUCCCAAAAGUUACACUUCGUGUAUCUUUUAUGUAAACUUUGAUCUUUCAGGAUUCCGGAACUGACCCAGAUUGUUCAUACUUAAAUGUAUAAACUCGUUAAGUAAGUAUACGAUUGGGUACAGGAUGCAUUUACGAAUGGUCGGCAAUUUAGAAAAUAAUUUUGUACAGUGAAAUCUUAGUUAGGUGCACGUUUUUCAAUGAUCACGUAUUUAUAACCGAGAAAAUCAUGGAAGUAAAUUUCUUCUAAGUCCAUGAUUUCGAAUUUGUACAUGAUUUCAAAUAGCUCCAUGGCUAUUGUUUCGUCAUUGUAUUCAUAUCGGAAUUGACUAAUGCCAUUGAAUAAAUACGAUGUGUAAAACGUAA